AUGACAAGUAAACUCUCCCUUGAGCUUGCCACAAGAGAGGAGGUGUUAGUGUGGACUGAAACAGUUCUGUUUGCUUUUACCAAUGUUGUGGCUGUCUACGGAAAUCUUCUCACUUUUUACGCCGUGUACAGAAACCACAUGCUGCGAACAGUUACCAACAUGUUCGUAAUAGCUCUGGCUAUCAGCGAUAUUCUGAUGUGUACCUGCUGUAUGCCUUUUACAGUUGUCGCUCUGUUCCAUGGCCAGUGGAUAUUUGGCAAAUCUUACUGUCUCUUUCAAGGUUUUGCCGUGCUGACUCUCGCGAUGGUCUCCAUAGUUACCAUGGGUGUCAUUGCCGUCAACCGAUUCUUCUGCGUUGUAAAACCAGAAAAGUAUCUCUUUGUGUUUAAGAAGCAGAGAGCGUUGAUAUACAUUGUCAUUGUGUGGUGCCUGGCUUUCGCUGGAUCUGCGCUCCCGUUUUCCUUUGAGGGCAAAAAUAGCUUUAAAUUCCAGCCUGGAAAAACAAUGUGUUCGUACACGUUUGAAAGAAAUAUGGCUUACACUGUUACAAUCGCAUGUCUUUACAUCGCUGCGCCCUUAACAAUCAUAGUGGUCUGCUAUGUCAAAGUGUUCCGCUCAGUUUCAAGAUUAAAUCGUGUUUUCUGUCCAGGCGUUAAUCCCAGUCAACUCCGCGCGAAUGUGGAAGAAGCAAAAGUAACGAAAACUUUAGUAGUAGUUCUGUUUGGCUUCGCGUGCUGCUGGCUUCCUAUCUUCGUUAUGGAUAUCUUGGACGCCGUGCGCGGAGAACUGGCGAUACCACGACAGGUUUACCUGACGAACGGGUUCUUGAUCUAUCUGAGUAGCACUAUCAACCCAGUCAUUUAUGGUAUCAUGAAUAGACAGUUCAGGCGAGAGUACAAGGCCCUCUUGUGCAAGAUUACUUGCUUUCGACGCCAAAAUGGCAACAACAACGGCAGCCACAACGCUGAAAAUGAUGCAUGAAUUAUUUUCACCAUUCUCAGCAAACAGCAAAUAUUUCUGUCUGAUUACACGGAAAUGACGCUUACAUUUUCCUAUAAGAGCGCAAGUCGGGCUGUUGUCAACCCAUCUCAUUCGAGAGCUGUGCUAUAGUUUUGAACAGUGAUGGUAAUAGGACGAAGUGGAGUCCAAUUCGAUCUGUAAUUAAACAAGUGAUUAGCAAAAUCGGACGACUACGAAGCAGGAGUGGGAUUUGUCACGAGUAUGAUUACAUACAGUAUUGGACAACACAAAGUCUUGUUACCAAUUAACCAUAACCGUUACAGUUUCUGGAAACAACAAAUAUAUUUAGGACAAGUAUCUCCCGUAGAAACAAUGGAACAAAAUUCCUCAAUUUUAAAAAUUCCACAUUUCUUUUACGAUAAGUGGUUGUUGCUGUUUUCAUUGUGAUCAAUUCUGUGAUUGGUGGAUUUAGCUGAGUGGACUUAGUAUGACUGGUUGCUUCAACUGUCUGAUUACAGCCAACUGUUUGAUUACACUAUCCGAUUACAACUUUACAGAAUGAUUAGCGAAAAAUAAAGCAGCUAAUGUACCAUUCGUUUUGGCUUCAAAUGCCGAGCCAACAACGAAAAGAACGACGCUUAACUGAAAUGACACAAGACCUGGUGUAGUAUGAUAGUUUCUUUCACAGAUUUUGUUGGAGGUUGUUACUGGUAAAAUUGGAACAUCUGAGUUUCUUUCCACGAACCUUUGUUGAUUUGUAGACUGGCUUGAAUUACCGAAAAGAGUGACAAAAUAAAUACUUUGCACAAACCUGGAAGUCAUUGGGAGGAUCCCAAAGUCAGGCACCCUUAGUGGUUGCAGCAUCUGGCGGGGAAUUACCCUCUUAUCAGUUGCAAGAAAAAUCUUGGCUGAGAUCAUCAUCAAGUGGAUAUCAAACACAGUGGACCAAGAGUUCCGGAAGGAACAAGUAAGGUUCAGGAACCGGAAGGGAUGUACCGAUCAGAUCUUUUACUCUUCACAACAUUAUCAGACAACGCAUAGAGUGGAAAAGACAGCUGUGCGUUAACUUUUACAAAGCAGUUGACAGCAUCCACAGAGAUAGUCUCUUGUGCGGGAUUCUGCUGCAAAUAUUUCAUCAUCUUCAUCAUCAUAGUUUUUUUUACUAGUCACAUGAGAUAUAACAUUUAGAUAGGUUUAAUACAGGUGUAACAAUAUGGUAGGUCGAGGAGACCUCCAAGAAACCACCAAACUAAUAGGGGAGGCCCCCUCGGUUGUCAUUAUGUUUGUAAUUAAGUUGUGGAUGUGGAUGUGCGGCUUGGCCAAUUGGGACUCGUUUCAUUAAGAAAUCAAUCAUCUUUCUUUUAAAAGUAAAAAGCUAGUCAAACCAGUGAUCGAUAUGAUUGGGAGAGAAUGCCAAAUUUUAGGACCCUGGUAUUGCUAAUUGUUUAAGAUUAGUACGACAGUUAUGUGGUCGAUAGCAAUUGGCUAUUCUUGUAUCAUUACUGUGUUCUUACCUAUUUGUUCUCAUUAAGAGCGUUUACGACAACAUCACGAGCAGAGGUAGCGGAGGUUGGGUGCUGUAGCGAACAACCGAAGACCAGACCAGAGGCAUCCGAUAGACAUUAUUCUCUGCAUACGAGGACCUCGACUUUGCUGAUGACCAGGCGCUGCUAUAUCUCACACUCAUCACCAUAAGUAAGAGAAAUCCCGUCUCUGUGACCUUGAUAAACAGAUUUGCCUGAAGAUCAGCUAAAACAAGACGGAGGUUAUGAUUCCGACAUGAUGAAAGAGCAAACAAGGACAUCGAGAACCGCUUAGUUAAAGCCAUCAACGUAGUCAGAAUGCUCAACUAUGUAUGGAGGUCCCAGCAGUAGAGCACCAAGUUCAGGCUAAAACUAUAUCCUAGCUGUGCCCUAUCCACCCAAAUAUGUGGCUCCGAAUGCUUGAGAAUGACAGAAGGCGAUCCUUACAGAUGGUCAGUCUUCCACAGUCUCCUUAAAUUUUGUGUUAGACACAGCGCCCUUUGGUUUGCGCGCUGGACUCAACAAUGUCUGGUCGUUAAAAAAUGCGAAAAGCUGUAAAUUUGGCUCACAUUUGAUCAUCGUAUUCACGGGGUUGUUAUUAAAAAAACUUUCAAAUUUUUUUCUUUUAUCCAAACUAAAAGUGAAGAUGGCGUCAAUUCUUUGUUUCAGGAAGCGAUUUUAGUGAUAUUAAAAUGUUUGCCGACUCGUAAAAUUGGUUUCCAAAUCUUUAUCAAGGAGAUAUUUUGCAAAUAAAACUUUAAUUUUCUUCUAGAACCGCUAGAACAGCUUUUUUGAUGAGUGUUGUCUACAAGAUAUCCAUGUUUACCCGCAGCUUUACAAUUUUCAUUUUAAGACAUUUGACAAAGAAUUAUGAUUGAAUUUCAAUGAAUUUAAAUUCUGUUUCGUACGUUGUUACAUUACAGUUUAAGAAGUUUCUAAGCCGACUAUUUUUCUAGCUUCUUUCGUUUUGGAUACGCGAAUAAAUGUAAGAAGUCUGUAAACUUAUGGUUAAUUUAGAGCUUAGAUUGACUUUUCCGCUCCCUUAUUUGAUAACAAGAUGUUCUUAAAAUAUCCUCUCGGUUUUAGAACAAAGAUUUUAAAAUUAAGCAGAAAGUUUAGGUGGUUUGAAUUAAAAUUUCGAAUUUGACUGUCACUUAACCUCCGCGAUCUUAUAUGGCCAUCAAAAAAAUUAGUUCCCCCAUACUAUGCCGAAAAUUGCUAAUAACAGACUGGAUUUCAAUUUCUUUUUUUUCUGAGAGAGUUUUAUUUUUUUCCAGCUAUUUUAUGUCGCAGAAAAAGAGAGUUGUUCAAACUUUUCAAGAUAUCUUAUCCCUUUCGUGCGCGACGGAAUAAUAUGUUUGUUUAUUAACCAGCUGUGUGAAGAGAUUGUAUAGAUAAGAUACGGAAAAGUAGAAGCAACAUCUUUUCUUUCACUCGAAAGAGAUAUGUCGAUUAUUAAAAGCGAUUCAACAACACUUAUCCGGAGGUAAAUAACUGAGUACAACUAAAAGAAACCUCUUUCAGAUACAGCGACGUACUGCACGAGCUCGCGCCGAACAGAAACAUAAAAUGGAGUUGUUAUUUGGUCCUACAACUUCCAACUUGAUGAGAAUGAUAACAACGACGACAUACAGACAUCUUUUAAUAUUCAUUAAUUGCAAUGUGUUUAAAGAUAGGAUGUGAUGGAAAAUAACAUUUGUUUUUCGGUGUUGGUAGACAGUGUUGGUAAUCGUGCACACCAGCGGGUUUCGCCGAUCACUGCUUCAAAAAGUCGACAUCAAAGACUGUGCAAAAGUGUAAGUUACUUAUCUUUUCGCUGAGCUUAUUGACCAAAAGCAGCGAUGACAAGUAAACUCUCCCUUGAGCUUGCCACAAGAGAGGAGGCGUUAGUGUGGACUGAAACAGUUCUGUUUGCUUUUACCAAUGUUGUGGCUGUCUUCGGAAAUCUUCUCACUUUUUACGCCGUGUACAGAAACCACAGGCUGCGAACAAUUCCCAACAUGUUCGUGAUAGCUCUGGCUGUGAGCGAUAUUCUGAUGUGUACCUGCUGUAUGCCUUUUACAGUUGUCGCUCUGUUCCAUGGCCGGUGGAUAUUUGGCGAAUCUUACUGUCUCUUUCAAGGUUUUGCCGUGCUGACUUUCGGAAUUGUCGCCAUGGUUACCAUGGGUGUUAUUGCGGUCAACCGAUUCUUCUGCGUUGUAAAACCAGACAAGUAUCUCUUGUUGUUUAAGAAGCAAAGAGCGUUGAUAUACAUUGUCAUUGUGUGGUACCUGGCUUUCGCCGGAUCUGUGCCCCCGUUUAUCUUUGAGGGCAAAAAUAGCUUUAAAUUCCAGCCUGGAAAAGCAAUGUGUUUGUACACGUUUGAAAGCAACAUGGCUUACACUGUUACAAUCGAAUGUGUUUACAUCGCAGCACCCUUAACAACCAUAGGGGUCUGCUAUGUCAAAGUGUUCCGCUCAGUUUCAAGAUCAAAUCGUGUUUUCUGUCCAGGCGUUAACCCCAGUGAACUGCGCGCAAAUGUGGAAGAAGCAAAAGUGACGAAAACUUUAGUAGCAGUUCUGCUUGGCUUCGCGUGUUGCUGGCUUCCUAUCUCCGUCGUGGAUAACGUGGACGCCGCGCGCGGAGAACCCGCGAUACCACGACAGGUUUACCUGACGUACGCGUUCUUGAUCUAUCUGAGUAGCGCUAUCAACCCAUUCAUUUACGGUAUCAUGAACAGACAGUUCAGGCGAGAGUUCAAAGCCCUU